UAAACACAAGAAAAAGGAUAUUUGAGAACGUAACUUCCCCCAGAGCUCAACGGCCCCACUUGAUCAAUGACGUAGCUUAUGAAAUGGUCCUCGUAUCUACUCUCCUCAAACCGUAACAGCGUUUCUCGGUGUUCCGUUCCUUUCCAUCAGAAAUCUGGAGCCCGUUCCACUGUUCACACUCACCACUUCAACCGAAGAAGAUGAAGCAGAGUACCUGGCCUGGUCGAUCAGACGGCUCUCGUUUCAAAUCGCUCCCGAUCAAACACCAAUUCCAUCAAUCAGAGUUCAAAUCUACCUCCAAAUUCUGGUCAACAUCAUCAGCUUCUCGGCAAAUAAGAUCAUCAGAUGGUGAUUUCUCGAAACUUCCCUUCGAUAUACUAACCAAAAUAGCGGCAUCGUUCACGCUGCCUAAUUUGCAAGCGGCGUCGUUGGCGUGCAAGUCAUGGAGCGAAGGGCUUCGGCCGUUGAGAGAAGCGAUGUUGUUCUUAAAAUGGGGAAAGCGGUUCAAGCAUGGGCGAGGAGGUGUGCGCCCUAAUUUGAACAAGGCUCUCGAAUCCUUUUUAAAAGGUGCGGCUCGUGGGUCCACCCUCGCUAUGGUUGAUGCUGGUCUUCUUUACUGGGAAAUUGGCGACAAAGACAAGGCAAUUGCCCUUUAUGAGCAGGCUGCUAAGCUUGGAGACCGCUCUGGACAGUGUAAUCUUGGACUUGCUUACUUGCAAGCUGAACCUUCGAAACGUAAGGAAGCAGUAAAAUGGUUAUUUCAGGCUUCAAAAUCUGGUCAUGUUCGAGCUCAAUACCAAUUCGCACUUUGUUUACAUCAAGGUAGUGGGGUGAAUUGUAAUCUACAAGAGGCUGCUAGGUGGUAUCUAAAAGCUGCUGAAGGUGGUUAUGUGCGUGCAAUGUACAAUGUUGCAUUGUGUUACUCUGUUGGGGAAGGUUUGGCUCAGAGUCAUCGACUAGCAAGGAAAUGGAUGAAGCGGGCAGCAGAUCGUGGUCAUAGUAAAGCUCAGUUUGAGCAUGGACUUGGACUCUUUACUGAAGGAGAGCAGUUGAAAGCUGUAGUUUAUCUGGAACUUGCCACUCGUGCUGGUGAAACAGCAGCAGCUCAUGUCAAGAAUGUAAUUUUACAACAACUAUCAGCAACUUCACGUGAUCGUGUCAUGAAUCUUGCUGAUAAUUGGCGUGCUUUACCUUCAUCUCGCUGAGAUCAGGAUAAUCUCAUGGCCUAUUGGUUGCAAGACAUUAAAUUUAAAAAUCCCAAGGUCAAAAUUAGGGGCAUUAUCGAACUAUGCAGACAAAUUUCAGCCUUUGCUCGGAUAUCUUGGCACACUUCCUCUCCAUUUUUGUGCUGUUUUCUUUGGCGAAGAGGGAAAACGUUGGCAUGAUACCAUGGAGAGCAAUUAUGCCAUUGAGCGUGGUUAAAAUGUCGUCUCCGCUGCUUGUUGUUUCAUCAGUUGAACUGUCAAAACUUAUGUUGCUCGGGUAUGACCAUUCAUGAGACGAAGUCCUGGUUAGCGGUCACCUUUGAUAAUUUUGGAAGGUUAUGGCUACGACGAGAGUGUGGAAUGGUUCAUAGGUGUGUAUGGUGGUGCUCUGUGUUAAUGUUAAGUAAACUGCUUAUGUGCUGUGCCACUAAGUUCUGGGAGUGUGGGGCUUGCACUAUUCUUCUGGUCAUCGUGAUGACCACCAAGAAGAUUGGAGAAAAAUAAUGUUGUCUUAGUGGGGAGUGCAACCAAGAUUAUAAAAUUAUUGUGGGAGUCCAAUUAGAGAAGUUCUGUUGUAGUAGUAGAUAGCAUUGUCGUCGAUGGUAAAAUUCUGCCUGGCGUACUCUACUGGUUAAAUGUUCAUGCUUGUGGGAUGUCAACGCUGGCAUUUUCUUUGACUUUAA